AUGGGACGGCAGCGUCGCCAGAUGGCGGCUGCGAGACGCAAAGCGUCUGUUUUAUCGCAUAGUAAUGUCAGUGACCAGUUGUACACCCUGGUCAACGGAGUGACAGGUGAUGUAGAUGGUGAGGUUGACCUUGAGGCCCUCCCAUCAUUAAAUGCUCUUUUAGAGCUAGACGAAAUGUCUGUGGAUGAAUUUCAUCAGGCCUUGAAGGCAGGUGCUCUAUCCAAUAUGGUGGUCAUUCGACCUAACCUCGAGCUGAACUCAUCCUCGCUUGUCGAUGAGACAGUCCUCGAAGAUACCAAAGCGGCACUAAGUGCACGUAGUGGGGCAUCUAUUCUGAAAAACCCUUCAGAUCCCUACUAUCCUUUAGUUGAGGAAUUUCAGGACGUGGUGUGUCACGAUCCACCGUCGGUUCUAACACCUGAUAGGGGUGUACGUCAUGAAAUUGACUUGGUUCCCGGAACCAAAUACUGUGUAACACGGCAGUGGCCUUUACCCAAAGAACAGUGUGACGUCAUUGACGAGUUCUUUCGUGCAAAGCACGCGGCGGGUAUGGUGCGCGAGAGUAAAUCUCCGCACUCGACACCCACUUUCUGUGUUAAGAAACCGAAUGGUAAAUGGCGUAUCGUUCAUGCUUACAAUAAGCUCAAUGCAGCCACUAUACCUGCACAGACGCCAAUACCUAGAAAGGAUGUUCUUCAGAACAAUAUGGUCGGUUGUACCAUGUACAGUGCGCUCGACUUAGUCGAUGGUUAUUACCAAUUGCUCAUGCGAGCUAGUGACAAUCCGCUUACUGCUGUUAGUACUCCGAGCGGUAUGCUCUGGGAGUGGUUAGUGAUGCCCCAGGGGCUAUCUAAUGCUCCGGCUACGUUUAACCGUUUGUUGACGCAAUUGUUUCGACCCAUCGAAGUUAUGCAUAGACAUGCGGCGGAUCCUCCGCGUAUUGUGGUUCCUCAUGACGAGGACCUGAAGUAUCGUAUCCUCUAUGAGGUACAUGACACCGCCAUUGGUGGUCAUUUGGGUCGUGAAAAGACCUAUGGGGCAGUAUGCCAAAGUUAUUGGUGGCCCGAAUUAUAUAAAUGGGUGAGCACAUAUGUGCGUACGUGUGAAACGUGUCAACGGGUGAAACCCUCGCCCCAUUCGGCAGCGCCGCUGGCUAGUUUGCCUAUUCCCACUGGGUGCUGGGAGUCCAUUAGUAUGGACUUUGUAUUUGGCCUACCGAAAGAUUCGCAUGGCAAUACAGGUAUUGCGGUCUUUGUUGACCGCUUGAGCAAGAUGGCUCACUUAGCGGCUGUGCCAGAUUCGAUCGAUGGUGUGGGUACAGUGGAGCUGUUUAUCGAUCGUGUGUUUCGCCAACAUGGCUUGCCAGUGGCAAUUGUUUCUGAUCGUGAUCUUCGUUUCACGAGUAAAUUUUGGAAGUCCGUCUUCCAGGUGCUGGGCACCCGUUUGGACAUGUCCACAGCGGAUCACCCGCAGACCGAUGGUCAAACCGAACGCGUGAAUCGCGUUGUUGAAGAUAUCCUACGCAGCGUUUGUGCUGAAACACCUAAGCGAUGGAGCGCUAUGCUCCCUGUAGUUGAGUUUGCACUCAAUAAUUCCGUGCACGCCUCUACCGGCUACACUCCGUUCUAUGUCAAUGGUCUCACACACCCACGCGUUCCGUUAACGCUACCACCGAGUGGUUCAGGGCUUGGUGGGGGAGAGGUUGCCGAUCGGCUUGCUGAUGUCAGCCCUAAUACUGUUAAGAAACAGGUAAAUGCGUUUCUCGCAACGCGGCUAAAUGUCUUACGACAUGUGCAAGAUGCAAUGGCUGAUAGUCAAGAUAAACAAAAGGAAUAUGCAGAUGCGAAAGGCAGAGGUUGUAUUAAUGAUUAUGAGGUCGGAGACCAAGUAUUAAUAAAUGUUAAAAAUCUACCAUAA